GGCGAGGUGACUGUCUCUUUUGGUUCUUGUUAUGGUGAUUGCACUGUAGAAGAAUGCGCGAGAUCCCACUUCUGGCGAUCUGUCGUACACAAGUAAAGUCGCACUGACAGCACACAGCUGUGAGUUGGUGCAAGUGCCCUCUGUUAUUUUCGCAUAUUUUUCGAGUUUUAGUCAAUGGACUGUAUUAGGUUUUAGGUAAAUUGAAACAUGAUUGAAACGAUUUCUGUGAUCUCCCCCGGGUUGUGAUAAAUUAAGAACGAAUUUUUGUAAAAAUAAGUGAUUUUUCUAAAUGCCCAUGGUGAUGAAACGUUGACCUCCUGCAAUAACAACCAGAAUAGUUAUGAACAAAAUCGCGUAGACUGCAGGGCUGCAUCAUAGCUCAAAAUGACUGGCAACGGAGGCGGUGCGGCUGCUGGGAACGCCGGGGCGGACGCGGGCCAUGGGGCCUCCACAUCUACCUCAGCGGCUCAAGGGGGACAUUGCAAGGGGCACCGCAGGCAGGAGUCCAUGUACACAAUGACUGGUUUGUACUCGGAGGCCAUCCCGGAGCAGGCAGAAAUAGCCGAGACGAAGUGCUCGACGAACUUCUGCCACGAUACUGUCAUCAAAUGUCACAGUAGAAACCCGUCGGCUAGUUUUGAUAGAGAUAAAGCUGCGCAUACAGCGACUUACACCGAAACACCUGUGAUAUUAAAAGAUACAAAGGAUUGCGGGAUUUUUCAAUGCCGCCCGUCGUUUAUACAAAAAUAUGCUGGAAUUAGGUUCUUUGUCCUACUCUUGUCAUUCCUUGUUACCUUACAACAAGCCUUAAGUUCUGGAUACAUAAAUUCUGUGAUAACAACUAUAGAAAAACGCUUCGAAAUACCAUCGAGUCUCUCGGGUCUGGUGGCAUCCUCUUAUGAAAUAGGAAACGUUAUAACAGUUAUAUUUGUAAGUUACUUAGGUAGUCGGCGACAUAUCCCCGUAUGGAUCGGGGUCGGUGCCGUUAUAAUGGGAAUAGGUUCGCUCAUAUUCAUGGUGCCACAUUUCAUAGCCGAAGAGAACAGUGGCAUAGCCGUCGCCAACAACACCGACGAUAACAUGUGCAGGACGAUAUCCGUGCACGAGCAGGACAUGGGCCUGGGGCGAUUGUCCUCGGGCCUGUCGUCGCCCCCGCUGGCGCCGAAUAAUAUCAGAGGUGACAAUUGCAUUCAGGGUACACCAUCAACUACAGGACCAGUAUUAUUGUUCGUUCUUGCGCAACUGCUGUUGGGCUGUGGAGGAUCACCUCUAUUUACACUCGGUACUACGUACAUUGAUGAUCACGUUAGACCAGAAAGUUCAUCAAUUUAUAUAGGUUGUAUGUACAGCAUGGCUGCUUUCGGUCCUGUAUUAGGAUUCCUACUUGGUGCAUAUCUCUUAUCUUUCCACAUGGAUUCCUUUACACACAUCAUAUCAAUAGAUCCCGGCGACAGCAGAUGGGUGGGAAUGUGGUGGGGAGGGUUCCUGCUCUGCGGGUUUCUUCUUGUGAUAGUUUCGAUUCCGUUCUUCUCGUUUCCGAAGGUGCUCACGCACGAAAAGGAGAAAAUCCGGCUGAUGGAAAAGGCCGCCGCGGCCACCGGCGCCGGCACCAGCGCCGCCGCCUCGAAUCCCGCCGUGAAAAACGACACGGGUUACGGGAAAGACGUGAAGGACAUCCCUAAAUCGAUGUGGCGCCUCGCCAGCAACCCCAUCUACAUGGUGACCUGCUUGGGCGCCUGCAUGGAACUGGUUAUCGUGUCUGGUUUCGUCGUGUUUUUACCAAAGUACUUGGAAACUCAGUUUAGUUUAGGAAAAAGUCAAGCUAGUGUUUUUACUGGAUCCAUUGCAAUUCCUGGCGCCUGUAUAGGGAUAUUCAUGGGCGGUGUUAUCCUUAAGAAGAUGGAACUCAGGCCGAAGGGUGCGGUGCAAUUCGUUCUAAUAUCGAACGCAAUAUGCCUACUAUGUUACGGGCUGUUGUUCUUUUUGGGAUGUGAUAACUUAAAGAUGGCUGGUACUACGAUUCCGUACUUCAACAGUACGCAACCGUUCCAAGUGAACUUAACAUCGUCUUGUAAUUUCGGCUGCGAGUGCAGCAUCACCGACAUCGAGCCUGUAUGUGGCAAUAAUGGAUUGACGUACUUUAGCCCUUGUCAUGCUGGUUGUACUUCUAUUUUAAGUACAAACUACACCAAUUGUGCCUGUAUACAUGGAAAUGUGACAAUUAAAGAUGGUUUAACGUCGUCCAUAAGUUUCGCUUCGCAAUUAGAGAGCGAAUACGCUGAAGUUACAGUCGUACCUGUAGCAACAGCAGGUCCUUGUAAUUCUUCAUGUCAUACCAUAUACCCUUUUUUGAUAUUAUUAUUCUUUAUGACGUUUAUUGUGGCAGUCACCCAGAUGCCUCUGUUGAUGAUAGUAUUAAGAUCGGUCAAUGAGGAGGAAAGAUCAUUUGCAUUAGGCAUGCAAUUCGUGAUAUUCAGAUUGUUCGGAUACAUCCCGGCUCCGAUUCUGUUCGGGAAUUUGAUCGAUUCGACGUGCCUUUUGUGGAAAAGCACGUGCGGCGAGAAAGGCGGACGCUGUUUACUCUACGAUAUAGAACAGUUUAGAUAUAGAUACGUAGGUUUAUGUGCCGGUAUUAAAACCCUGGCGUUAGGAAUAUUCGUAGUGGAUUGGUGGUUAGUGAGGCAUCGCAAGCAAUUAGACGAAGAUAAAGUGAUUACCGCUGGCGAAAUUGUUGGAUCGAUUAUCAGUUUAGACAAAUUUAUGGAGGAAAAGCACGAGACUGGUCGUCAUACCAGGAAUCCGAGUUCUGCUAGCGCCUACGAAAUUCCCAAGUCUCCUAAGCCGGUGCUGGCUAAUCAAGAUUCUAAAGAUCACGAAUCGGAUGAUCCCAACAGUCACGCGUCUGUGGAGCCCAAGAGCAUCCCGCUAUCGGAACUGGAUCCAUCCGUGAAUAACAGCCUCAAGACGAGGGGCUCUUAAUUAAACAAAUUCCUAAAAGAUAAUAGACCAAUCUUCCAUGCACUUAAUUUCAUCCAACUAUCGUUGCAAUUAGACGCGCUUUUAGUCAAACUUAAAUCUAAUCGGGUAACUUGUGUACGAAGAAAUUGUGUAUGUUAUUGAUAAUUUAUUCUACUUUUUAAUAUUUGAAAUCUUCGCGCGGGAGAUUAUCCGUAGAGAGUUCAAUAGAAUUAAAUUUUUAACUAAUUGCUUCGUAGGAGAAUCAAUUCAGUGCUAACUAUAGCAUAUUUUAAGAAGGUGGAAGGUUUUUGUCUAUUAUUUGCUUUUAAAUACUGCCUAUUAUUUAAAAAAAAUAAUGUACCGAUCCUUUAAAAUAUUCUACAAUGUUUUUUUUUCUGUUUAUUACUACACUUUUACUAGUUAAAUUACAUUAAAGGAUCCGUACAUUUUGUAUAAUUUGAAUCUUAGUUCACAUCACCUCGUUAGUGAUUGUCAUUUUAUUUAGUGCACUGUGACAAUAUAUUUUUAACUUAAUUUUUAACGUUACUUAGAAAUCCGAAAAGAUUUAAAUAACCGUUUAGCUUUAAAAUAGAUAUUGGGCUAAAUCAGUCCAAACUUUAUCUUAUGAAAUUUCGCUGAAGAAUUUAUUCUUGUAGACUAGACUUAAAAAUAUGUGCAAUUAAUUACGUUAGUUAAUCGAUUAGGUCAAAGGGAAUGGGUAAAAGUCAAUUCAUGAAUUGUUGAAUACAUAUCAUCACAAUGAAAACAAUCAGCUAUAUUUAUUAAUUCAUUGAGAACUAACUAUAUUUAUAAGAAUUAGCGCAAGGUAAAGUUUAAGAACUCCACGAGAUAUUCUAAGAAAUUUCGUUUUUUCAUAUAUUAUUCUCUAAUUUUAAGUGAUAAUGCAAUCGCAUACACGUGCAGGGUGCAAUAUAUCAAUACUCUAACAGUUGGGAAAUUACUCAACAAUGUUUUUUUCGUUUUUCUCGCAUUGUAAAUACGAAAAAGAAAUUACGUAAUGUUACUAAUCGCCAUCCCUUUGGUCUAAAGCAAUUUUUACCGAAAUUCUUAUACCUAAAAACUAAUUCUUAUCGACAACAUGAAAACUUAUUGCAUACAACUUAGGUGACUCUAGCCGAAUUACAAAUUAAUUAAUACGUUAGAUAAAUUAGACUUUAAAUUUGUAAGAUUUUUUGUGACGUAAAGUAUACUCAUCUUUAUUUAAUUUUUUUUUGAAAGACUGGAAUAGCGGGGCUGAUAAGGUUAAUUAUUGCGUGACAUCCGAUAAAAGCAUAAAAUUUUUGGCGUGCUUAUUUGUUCUUUUUGAUGUAAUUAGAUAGAGCUUUGUGCUUUUAUUAGGAAUGUUUGUAGCUAAUCAACCCCAUUAGUAUUUUUACCACAUUCUCGAUAUUUUUUUUGUAUUGUCUUUAGUCUUUAGAAAAUUAAGAAAUUAUUUUCCUAUUUUUCUUACUUCUAUUUAUUUAUUUUAUGGCACUUACCCUUUUAAAUUAAAUAAUUUUCAAUUGAGACGUUCAAACAACUAGGCUAU